AUGUUUACCCGGAUGUUUGGAAAACCUAAGCAAGAGACUAAUGCUCUCACCACUCUUGACAAAUUAAACGAGACUCUCGAGAUGCUUGAGAAGAAGGAAAAAGUACUUCAAAAGAAGGCUUCUGCUGAGGUUGAGAAGGCCAAGGACUUCACAAAAGCGAAAAAUAAAAGAGCGGCUAUACAAUGUUUGAAGAGGAAGAGGUUAUACGAACAACAAAUCGAGCAGCUUGGAAAUUUUCAACUACGCAUCCAUGAUCAGAUGAUACUAUUAGAAGGUGCAAAAGCUACAACUGAAACUGUUGAUGCUUUAAGAUCUGGGGCUGCUGCAAUGAAAGCAAUGCAGAAAGCAACGAAUAUUGAUGACGUGGACAAGACAAUGGAUGAGAUAAACGAACAGACAGAGAACAUGAAGAUGAUUCAGGAAGCUUUGGCUACCCCCAUUGGUGCAGCAGCGGACUUUGAUGAGGAUGAAUUGGAGGCGGAGCUUGAAGAGUUGGAAGGUGCAGAAUUGGAGGAACAACUUCUCCAGCCUGCAACCACCUUUCCCGUUGCUCCAGUACAUGUUCCAGCGGGCCGAAUACCAGCUCGUCCUGCAUCUCAUAAGCCUACUACAGCUGAGGAAGAUGAACUCGCUGCUCUGCAAGCAGAAAUGGCUCUUUAA